UCCAGCUCGCUCCCCCCCCCCACCCCACCGGAUGGAUUUUUCAGAACACCACAAAAAUAUCUUCGGGCCAGACUACGACGACGACGACGACGGUAAUAAACAAGAUGGGGCCCGUUCAUCCUCACCGUCCUCCUCCUCAUCGUCGUCUUCGUCCUCAUCUUCAUCCUCAUCGGCUUCUUCUUCAUCCAACGAAGGAGGCGAGUCCAGCAGCGGGAAUAGCCCGAGCGCAAGCAGUGGCGGCGGCGCUGGCGGUGGGGAAGAAGAGGUAGAGAAUGGCGAAGAGGCUGAUUAUUCAAAUGCCGCCACCGACGACAAUGAGUAUAGCAAUAUGGGUUAUUUUGGGGAGGACGACAAGGAUUUGUUUGGCUCUGACAAUGAAGAUUACUGUAAAACCCCUGCUACUAGUCCUUUCCCUAUUCCUGUAUUGCCUGUCAUACGCAAUACGAAUAAUCAGGGUAGAGGGAAUUCAGGGCGUGGUCGUUGGCCAUCUGGACGUCCAAAUGAUAGAGGUGCAGGCAUCCUUGGUCGAGGUGGACCUUUUCAGCAGAGGCAAAAUUUUGGAUAUGAUGGCUCAAAUGGUUAUCGCGAUGAACGUUUUGUCUCGGAACUAAGACUACUUUCAAAGAGUGGAGAAACACUGUCAAGAAAGGCCGUUGCAUUUCAGGAACCCUGUGAGCUUGCUUGCUAUAGUCGGGUAGAAGGUGGAGAUGUCAGCUUUGACGAGACCAGUUUGAGGCUUUUCAAGCGUCUUAUUACUGAAGAAAUUGGAAGAGAUCUGAAUGAAGGUUAUGAUACUUUUAUUGCGAAGAAAGAUUUGGGCUCUCAAGGUUUUGGUGACCUUCUCGGCUGCAUAAGAGACAAGAAUAUUCCACUUCAAAACAUUCAUUUUGUGACUUAUCGCAACAAUCUUAAUAAGAUAUUGGCCACUUUUUAUAAUAAAAGGGAUCCUUGGGAGAUGGGAGUGCAUAAAAGGAAUGGGGUUGUCUAUCUUGAUGUGCAUAAACUACCUGAAAGGCCACAGACUGAGUUGGAUCGAAGAAGGUGUUACUGGGGGUAUUGUUUUGAGAGUCUUGCCACUGAAGAUCCAGGAAGAGGCGAUGGAGGGAUACAUCAUGUUGAUGCCAAUGUUGAAUACUGUUCUGUGAUCAAAACAAAAUUAGGGGCUCAUCGCAUUCUUAUGGGUGCUGAAAUGGAUUGCUGUGACUCAACUGAUGAUGGAAGGAGGUUUUAUGUGGAAUUAAAGACAAGCCGUGAGUUGGACAACCAUAAAAUAGAGUAUGAAUUUGAGAAAGAGAAGCUCCUCAAGUUUUGGAUUCAAUCAUUCUUAGCAGGUGUUCCCUAUAUUGUCAUUGGGUUUAGGAAUGAUGCAGGUCAACUUGUUCGCACAGAGAGACUAAGAACCAAAGAUAUAACGCAAAGAGUGAAAAUGAAGAACUACUGGCAGGGAGGAGUUUGCUUGGCAUUUGCUGAUGAGGUAUUAUGCUGGCUCUAUGGGACCGUAAAAGAUAAUGAAGAUUACAUAUUGCAGUUUACUCAUCCUUACCAACGUUUGGAGCUUUUACAAGCCCAAUCUUGCCCAGAAGAAAUUACUAACCACGUUCAGCAAUUGUAGACGUUUAGUGACGCGUCCCAGAUUAACCCUAUUUUCCCAGUCGUUUUUGCUUCAAAUUGCUUGUACCUCUUUGUGGCAUAAAAAUAAAAUGCAGUGUCUCCCCAAGAUUGCUGUUUGUUUUUCUUUUUCGGUUUUCAUAGUAGUCGAAUGGCUCAUAUCGUCAUGCGGCCGAGAUCACCAUCAAUCGAGAGAACUGUAUAAAUGGACCUCUGUUUCUUGUUUUUCAUUCUGUUUUAUUAGUUUACGAACGUCUUUCGGUAUCAUACAUACUGUUGUUAUCUACAACUUUUUACGUUACAGUCAAUAGCUAGAUGUAUCCAAAUUAUUUGACUAAUAUAAAUUAUGAGGCACUCGGAC